GACUUGAUUCUCUCUCUCUCAUUCAUAUGAAGUAUGAGUCAAUUUUCCAUAGAAAACAUGUCAGUUAAAAUAACAAAUUUAUAGAAGGGAUGUAUUCUCAAUGUUGUGAUUAUUAAUUUAUUUAAUUCAUUAUAAUAACGUAAUAAAGUAGAUUUAAAAAAUGGGAACGUUUGUUCCAGCAAAUGUUAUAUUAUUAUCGUGUGGUUCUUUCAAUCCACCUACGAAUAUGCACUUGAGAAUGUUUGAAAUUGCUAGGGAUCAUCUGAAUCGUAUGGGCCAACAAACUGUACAAGGUGGUGUAAUUUCCCCAGUUCAUGACGCAUACGGUAAAAAUGAACUUUUAUCAUCAACACAUCGAUUAGAAAUGUUGAAAUUAGCUUUAGAAAAUCAUGAUUGGGUUAGGUUAUCGGAUUGGGAAUGUGGACAAGAAUCUUGGACGAAAACGCGACAAGUAUUACAAUAUCAUCAAAAUAAUGUAAAUGCAGUUGUGAACCAAAAUUUUAAUGGUAAUUAUGAUAUAAAUGAAAAUGAGUUAAAAUGGAUACCUGAAAAUGUAAAAAAUGGUGGUACUGGACCAGUUACCGUUAAAUUACUCUGCGGAGCGGAUUUAUUGGAAUCAUUUGGUACUCCUGGCUUAUGGGCCGAGGAAGAUAUUGAAGAAAUUGUUGGAAUGCACGGUCUUGUUGUUAUAUCUAGAAGUAACUCGAAUCCAGCUGAGUUUAUUUAUAAUUCAGACAUACUCACAAAAUACAUGUCGAACAUCACAAUUGUAACGGAAUGGAUAACAAACGAAAUAAGUUCUACACGAGUAAGAAGAGCCCUUAGAAGAAAUGAAUCUGUAAAAUACAUCCUCCCUGAUCGUGUAUUAGAUUACAUAUAUAAAAACAGCUUGUAUGGUUCACAAAAAACAACUAAGUAUAUGCACAUUGCUAAUUCGAUGUUUCUCACACCUUCACCCUCAGACGCUUUAAUGGAUUCACCAAGUCCAAGAAAUUGCAUGAAUAUUUGCAAUAAUAACAUUUUUACUAGACAACAGAUAGACAAAAGUUUCGAUAUCGAGAAAUUUUCGAAAACUAACUUGAAACAUCCCGGUCAAGCUGUUAAAAUUAUAACAGACAGUAGUGGUACACACAAAACCGUUUGCGAUAGUCGACUUGAUAAAGAGGUAUGUAAAAACGACGAAGGAAAAAGUGAUGAUACUAAUAAAAGUUUGAAAACUUGUAAAAGUAUAACAAAUUGUAACGAAAUCGACAGUACGGAUAAUUCGAAACGCGGCGACGUCAAUUCUGGUUUAAAAGAGUGUAAAAGUUUUGACGAAAACCUCAUAAAAUUCAUUUUCACUAAACACGGUAUACAGGUUAUUAGUAACGUUGAAACUAUAGUUUAAUUGGUUAAUAAACUUUACAAAUUUCGAUUUACUCGCUGCAGCAAUAGUAUGAGAAUUAAUUUAAAUUUCACCCUUCCAAACGAUUUUUCCAAUAGUUCUCUCCCUAUUCAUUAGUUUAGAGCCUUUUAACUUUUUCAACAUUUGCAAUUCAUUAUACGAGACUGAAAUGUUGUCGUGGUGGAGGAUGCAGGGCACGCAUUGAUAUAAAAUGUUUCUUAAUUGAUUAUUUUCAUAAAUUAUCAUCAUUUUUAGGGUUAAGUUGGAGUAUUUUAUCAUAUCUUUUGAUCUAACAAUUAUUUGUUUAUUUAAUUGACGUAUGACAUUUGUAAAUGUCAACUGUUAUAUUUUAAUUGUGCCUAUAUUUUCGUCUAUAUUAUGUCCUUGUAAUUUGUAUGCAUGAUUACGUAGAUUUAUAGCUGGGAAUUGUUAUUUAUAUUUAGUUUGCAUGCUAGAUGAAUGUGAAAAUAGUGAUAAACAGAAAAUGUUUAGUAUUCCAUUCAUUUAAAUCAAAAUAUUAAUCAUACUUUAAACUUUUUUGACGUUAGAUAGGUUAUUCUUCUUUCUUCAGUAACCCGGCCUUUGCUAACAUGAUUAUGCAACUAUCGAAUAUUCAGGAGUCUUUGAAAUUAUUAUUUAGAAGCGGUCAAUGAUUAGUAAAGCGUCAAGUUUUAUAAUCUUUGGUUUUUUUAGUAUUCUUCUCAAUUUUCAACAACAAAUAUCACUACAAUAUCGACUCACUUGAAGUGAUUAGGCGCAUUAACCAAUAGAAAAUGGAUUUACAACUUUGAACAUUGAGAAGAAAAUACUCUUUUCUGCAUGUGUUAGGUACAAAAGUUUUCAAUCGAAGAACUUCUCUUUUUGCAAAUAUUUAAACUGGUUUGAUAUGGAGCAAGAGGCCGUGGAAUGCAUGACGCAAUAUAUUGAGAUCAAAAGCAUGCGCAGAUGAAGCUCAAUUGAUUGAUUCAUAGUGUAUAUCCGCUCUCUAUAAUUUUUAUAUCGGUGUCAACAUUUUUUGUUUUGGCAGCCAUUAUUAUGCAAUAUUAUGACUUUGUUAAGGUUAAGUGUCAAAUUAGAGGAUUUUAUAUAUUCCAACUUUUUUUCAAUCAAAUUAUUUAAAUUUUAUCUAAUUAUUCUUCUUUCUUUCCGUAACUAGUCUUUUGUUUAUACGACUACUCAGCUAUCGAAUAUUCUAUAUUAUUUCAUAAAUAUUUCGAUGAAUAUCUAUAAGAAUCGUAUAAAAGCAGCGUCAAAUUUUAUUUUUUCCGUGAAGUGUUACAAUAUUUUUUUGGAAAUUACACCUCGAUAUAUAGAUGUGUCCUUUUUAUAACUCGUUUUUAAAGCUUUAAUCCGUUCAAUUUCGCGACAUAUAAUGAUAAGAAAAUUAGUAUAUAGUAAAAAAAUGUUCGAAAUACUAUUUAAAUGAAUGUUAAAAUCUCCUGUACUAAUAAAUUAUUUUUUCAAGUGUAGUUUCAAUGUGGACUUCUCAAAAUAUAUUUUUCAUGAACAUUCGUACCAAUUUUAAGCUUUAUCUUAAUUUUUGUAGCUUCGCUACCAAAUUUGACUACUAUGUUACAAAACUUUUUUUGAAUAUCGGUUUAUAGCAUGUUUGUUUUCUCUUUCAGACAGUCUUAGUACAACCUGCAUGUCUUCUUUAGUAGACAUUUUUCUGUGGUUAUAAUGCUUGUUUAUCGAUACAUUUCUUGCAUCUUAAGUCAUUUAUUAUCAAGAUACAUCACAAAUAUUUACCAAAUCUAUAAAUUAUCUGUUCAACAAAAAUUGUUCCUUGUUUUUUAAUGUUAUAUAGUGCUUAAAUUUUAUAUUUUGUUGUUUUGUUUAUACAAUAAAACGUUUUAAUCCCUA